UACUGCGAUCAAGUUGGGCAGGAACGAAUUGGGAUCUCCUAUCUGGACAUUGUUGAUAUCGAAACUUUAGUACAUAUGGGUUUAGUCCUUUUAUACCUCGAAAAAUACUUGCCCGGGCCUAUUCGUGAGAGAAUUUACGUUGCUAUCUAUCGAAACAGUGACGAACGCCGAAAUGUUGAUUUUCUUGUUGACUUCUUACGUAUUCAGUCAACUACUUUGGACCCAUGUUAUCUGUUCGAGUAA